UGCUGAAUAGCCCAUACAGGAAAAAAAAUUACUGUAAUACAAUGAACUAAAUAUCGUAAUGAUAUUGUUAGUUAUGUGAUAAAAGGUAUAAUUUAUUGAUGACAUAAAUACAAUAAAGAGGAUUUAUUUUCACUUUUGACAUAUUUCUCCUCCAAUAUGCCAUGUAGCAUCUUCCUCCUACUUCCUUACAUAUAAGUUCAAUAUCCCCACUCGUCUAGAAAUUUACACCACCACCAACACCACCAAGCAAAUGAGGACUCACAGUUCUCUGACAUGGAUGAUCCUUCCUUUCAUCAUCUUGAUCACCUCCAAUCACACCCAUGCAAAUCAAUCACAACCCAUCUCAGAAAUCCCCACCAUUGACCAAUUCCCAAACACAACUCAUCAAUGGCGGACUCACCAAACAGAGUUCCACAAAUCUCAAUUCAAAUUAACGCCCUCAAUUUUGGUAGGAGGAGUUCUUUGCUUCAUUGCGGCCUCUAUAUCAAGUGCGGGCGGAAUUGGUGGCGGUGGAUUGUUCAUUCCCAUCCUAACUGUUGUCGCCGGUUUCGACCUCAAAACAGCCUCGAGCAUGUCGGCUUUUAUGGUCACCGGAGGGUCGAUCGCUAAUGUCUUGUGCAACAUGUUCGUGACACAUAAGAAGAUUGGUGCCAAGACAUUGAUUGACUAUGAUAUAGCACUUCUAUCAGAGCCAUGCAUGUUGUUGGGAGUGAGUGUUGGUGUGAUUUGCAAUCUGGUGUUCCCAGAGUGGCUCAUCACUGUACUUUUUGCGGUUUUUCUAGUUUGGUCCACAUUUAAGACAUGUAAAUCAGGGGUUUUGUAUUGGAGAUUGGAAUCAGAAGAAGGGAGGAAAAAAGGGUUGGUGAGAGAUUUUGAGAUUUGUGAUGGAAGUGAAGGGUUGAAGAGCACCAAAGAGCCUCUGUUGGGUGGGGAAGAGAAAUGCAGAUUGGGCAUUCCAUGGAUGAAAUUGGGGGUUUUGGUUAUGGUCUGGUUUUCCUUCCUUGCUAUUUAUCUUCUUCGUGGAAAUCGAUAUGGACAGAGUAUGAUACUAAGUGAGGCUUGUGGAUUGGGAUAUUGGGUUCUCUCAGCAGUUCAAAUUCCUCUUGCUAUCAUUUUCACUGCAUGGAUGCUCUACAGAAUAGAGAGCCUCCAAGAUCAACCUUCCGACCAGCAGGAAAAUGGAGAUCAAACUAUAGCUAGACCAUCGAACAAGCUUAUUUUCCCGGUAAUGGCACUAUUAGCAGGGAUUCUGGGAGGAUUGUUUGGAAUUGGAGGUGGAAUGCUCAUAAGCCCACUUCUUCUUCAAGUUGGAAUAUCACCUGAAGUGACAGCAGCAACUUGUUCAUUCAUGGUGUUCUUCUCAUCUACCAUGUCUGCAAUUCAGUACUUAUUGUUGGGGAUGGAGCACACAGACAUUGCCAGCAUCUUUGCGCUGAUCUGUUUCGUUGCCUCUCUGGUUGGAUUGAUGGUAGUGCAGACAGCCAUAGGAAGACAUGGGAGAGCUUCCCUCAUUGUAUUCUCAGUUGGUAUAGUUAUGGCGCUGAGUACUGUUCUGAUAACCAGCUUUGGAGCUCUGGAUGUUUGGAGGGACUACACAAGUGGGAAAUACAUGGGGUUCAAACAGCCUUGCUAAAAACAGUUUUGUUUAGGUCUUUUAGGAUGAAUAGGAUCUUUAGUUCCAAUGACUAUGCUGUUAAAGGGUUUUAACUUUGAACUCAUGAAUCACUGAAAAGACUUUGGCAUGUAGUUCUAUAAUACAGUUUACAGAGAGAAGAGGUAUCAGUUCAAAGUUUUUGCAUUUCCAAUUAUACCAAUAUUUUCAUCCCAUCUAUAAGCAGCAUUCGAGCAGAAUUGAUUCCAGUUCUGAAUCAGGAACCGGAAAAAAUAAAAAAUAAAAAAAUAAAUAAAAAAUAAUAAAAAUAAAAAAAUAAAAAUUACUACCCAUUCUAGAGUACGAGCAUGAUUUAUUUAUUUUUUCCCCGGUUUUCUAAAAUAGUUUCACAAGUCACAAUUGAAAAUUGAAAAAACUUCCUAACAGAUAAACACAAUAGAUUUAAUUGGAAAAUUUCCGAGUACCAAACUAAUCAAUGGAAGUUGCCAAUUUCCAACACCGUCCAUUACCCACCUGAUCCACUCUAAAAAAUUUCCAAAAAGAAUGUUAACAAUAUCAGUUGAAAAAGAAAAAGAAAAAAAAAAACAAAAUAAAAA